AUGGUAACACAAAAUUCACCAUUUUUGGAAAACGCAAAUAUAACCAGAACACGUGGUAUUCAUGUUUAUAGUGUAUCAUCAAUUUUAACAUUCUAUACGGCGAAUAUUCUAUUCUACGGCGGCCCCUCUACUUUGCGCAAACUCACGAUAGCCGCCGCCCGCCUCACAUCCCACUCAUCGUCAUCGACGGCUAACGCUACCGCUCAUACUUCAUUUGCGGUCCGCACUCAAAAGCUGACGGUGCUCUGUUUCACCAUUUUCCUGCUGGUGCUCCAAGGACAAAUAUGGCGGACGAAAUGGACGCCCAAAAGCCGAAAACGACAUCCGCUCGGCCAUCACUCGGUGCUGGUGCAGGAAGCUUUUGCUUUGCCACGCCCGGCGGCUGACCAACGGACUCGAUUUUCUAUGAAACCUCUUAAACAGAAAGAAAUAUCAAAACAGACGUGCCUACAGUGAUCAAAGAUCUAAAAUGUUGAUCAUUUGACUUUAAAAAUAUCAGAGACAAUACAUACUCCGCAAGGUGAAUUUUGAGAAUGUGUAUACCGUCUAUAAUAUGGCUAUCUAUGUUGUAAGUAAGGAUCUUGUGCUUAAUUUAAGGUAAGUACUACCGUUACUUUAUUUUAUACAAAAUUUGGAUUUUAUAAGAUACACUAUUUUCAGUAAAGAUAGAGGAGUGGGUUUUCAUUACACAAUUAUUUGACCAAUUGGAUUGGUGUAUAGUAUUGUGAAUCCAACAUCACGUCAUUAUUAUUAUUCAAUCGUCAUUACACAAAGGUUGGAAAACUUACUCCACAGUUAAACCCUGAGUUAGGUUGUUAAUUCUAGGGUUUAUUAGAAGGUUAUUGCUUAUCCAUCGCCAUAAUUAUUAGUCAUGACCUGACCAGUGUUGAAGAUUAUACUACUUCAACGCUUAACUAUUUAUAUGUUGACUAAAUCUUCGCUUGUCAAGAGUUUCUAAGGUAUUCUUAUCAACGAACAACUUUGUUUUAAUGAAGCAACAUUAUAAAAUAAUUUUAUUUUUAGUUCUAUGUGCAUCUAAUGUGUUUUAGAUUUUCCAAACCUCAUAUAUUAGAAGUUGGAGUUAAUAUAUCUAAUGGAUGGUCCUUAAGAUGAAGUGUUUAAAAUUGGAAAUGUUUUAAGACAUUUAGACACAGCUGGAUAUUUUUGUAUCUAUUACUUUGUGUUAGCAAAGAGGUUGGUGGAGUGACUGAUGACCAACCCCUAAUCAACCCCAUCUAAGUUGCUGUAGACUCAGACAUGAAGUUAACUAGUGAAAAACAAAUUAUACUACAAACUAUGACUUUGGCUCUGUUAGUCUAGAGCCCUAUGGGCUUGAAGUUGUCAAUUUUUUUUUAUGUAACAUUUUAUUUUCAACACAAUUUUAAAUCUAUUUGCCUAGUGUUUAUCUAACAUGAGUGCCUUCGGUUUCUUUUCAAACCCUAAAUGUAUUUAUUUUGAAAAUUAUAGAAAAUAAUUUGUAAACUAACAUAACUUGAAAGUAUUCAAUAAAUACAAAACUAUUUGACUUUAUACUAUAUUAUGUAUCAAUAUAUCUAUAAUGUUGUCUAAAGACAUUAAUAUGCUAUCUUAGUUCUGUUAUCUACCUAUCUUCAAUUCUAAAAAAGUAAUAUAUACCAUGCUAUUUGAA